UUCAAAAUAUAUCCCUCUCGUAUUCUCGACGACGCCUACGUAAGGCGGAGCAUCGGCCGCGGCUGCGCUUCACAUCCGCCUCACCCACCUCACCUGCUUACUUCAAUUACACCUCUUUAUACAUCAACGACACGUCUGAUGCGCCGACCACGCAUGUCUCCUCCACAUCAGCACCAUGAGCGGCAGGUCGACCCCACAGUCUCCGCGCAAGCCGGGCAAUAAGACCACCGCAGGCAAUCGACUCUCCCAGCAAUCCGCAUUGCGAGGCAACGACAAUGUCCUCGCUUCCCUGCGCGCCACGCAGAUCAUUGCGUCCAAGCCGGUGCUGCCAGCAGAGCUCAUCGCCACCAUCCUCGACUACCUGCCCGUCCCCGACCUGCUCACAUGUGCUCGAGUCUCGCGGCGCGUGCAGGAGAUGGUCUACGAUGACACCCGCUGGAUUCACAAGCUCAAGACGCUGCGCGUGUGGAAUGAGGCCGAGGCGAGGCAGCGCGUGGAAGAGGCGAUGAAGCGCAAGGCUGAGGCGCAGAGGGUGCGUGAGGCGGACGAGGCGAAGAGGACGGGGGUACAUUUGCAAGGAAGCGUGAAUGGCAUUGCGGGUGGGGGUGUCACCCUGUUUGAUGCGGGAGUUGAAGAGACGCGAUACAAGAGGAGUUUGGAGCAACAGCAUCCUCAUCUACCUCCUGCGCGAAAGAUGCUGGCCGAUGGCUUCGACGAGCUCGCCAUAUCUCCUUCAUCUCCGACGGGGAACGUAUGGGAUGCACAUCAGGCGCUCACCAUUCUCACCCAAGUUCGUUCAAUCCGAGGACGUGCGAGGCAAGAAUUCGGCAAGGUAUACGGCACUCUUGCACCCCUGUACCUCAACCUCGUCCGUUCCAAACGACAUUCCGACGCGACAGUGUUCCGUAUAUUUCGAGACCCGGAUCAGCAGGCCAAGAUCCUUGCCGCCCUCAAACAAUUCGCCAGAUGUGACGACUCGGGCGACUGGCAAGACCGCGAGCAGAAGCUGGACACUAUCAUCGCAGUGUUCGAAACUGCGGUUCUGCGUGAGUUCGAGCAAGGCUUCGCAGCGGGCGACAUCGACGGCCGCAUGCACCGCUACGCUCACGUGCUCGCCACUCUCAAUGCCGGUAGCGCGGCGGUAGACUUUUUCGUCUCUCACCAUCCGGUCAUGGCGCGUCAGAUCCAAGUGGGCAACCCACUCGAUUGCCUGGAGGCCGUUGCGCCGGGCCAUGUCGACCUCAAUCCCGUGCAGAUGUUCUUCGAGAACCUGGCGAACAAGAUGGUCGAGCAAGCUGAGGUCAUCGAUCGCGUUUUCCCCGAAACGAUUGACGUGCUGACUCCGUUUCUGUCACGGAUGUGUGAGGAGAUCAUUGCCGAGUAUUUGACCGCGCUCAUUGACGAUGCCCGUGGUCGCGGGAGCGAGACAUAUGUCAAAGCGGUGGCAGGAUCGUUUGAACAAGGACUGCGGUUUGUCGCAUCGCUGCGGUCAACUAAAGCCUCCCCGCCCGACUUCCACGACAAAGCACAACGCAUACUCGCAUCCUGUUUCGAGAGAUACUUCGAGUCGUACAUUGCGCAAGAACUCAGCGUCUUCAACACCAAAUCCACGGCCGAAGUGACGCAUUGGGAGAGGGAGCUGUCGGAGCAAGAAGCCUCCAAAGAGUCCUUUUUCAUGUCCAACCUCAACCGGCAGCAAGCCAAGCGCGACUUUCUGUCCUCCUUCAAGAAGGUCGUCAUGAUGCCGGUGAACGUGCUCCCGGCCUUCAAUGCCUCCAAAGCAUCGGCCUCCAAAGCCCCAGCCAAUCCAGGUGUAGCUGAUACUCACGACAAGGAGUCGAGAACAAGCUCUUCAACCUUGGACGGGCCGUUGGGCACCCAACAUCCCAAGCCAGAAGCGCCAACGACCGAGCUGGCGGCAAAGGCAGCCAUCAUGAACUCUCGACUCGAAGGCAUCAAGUCGUUAUUCAGCAUCGAGGUCGCGCUCAGCCUUACUCACUUGGCGAAAGCGUGUAUCGAGCGCAUGGCGCCCAUGGUGCGGAUGGGGCCUCCGUACAGUGAGGAGGUCAAGGAGCAAUGCAACGUCAUCUUCAUCACGAUGCUGGGUGUACUGGGCGAUCGGCAUGUCAAGAACGGCUUCGACAAAGCAGUAGGACACCUGAGCACGUACAACCCGCGCGAGGUCCGAGGGGUCAAAGCCCGGCUUGAAGGAGAUGACACCGCAACUGGGAGCGGCCACGGUGGUGUGGAGCCCCUCGUCACCUUCCUGGAACUCGUAAACGUGGGCGAUCUGAUCCAGCAAAUGAUUGAUGUCUUCUUCGCGCAGGAGCUGGUGGCAACGAAGCUCACCGAAGCCGACGACUUCCUCAGCCCCGCGGUGAAGCAGAAAAAGCACUUUGAGCAAAUGCUCGACGAGCGAGUGGCCGCGGGACUGAACCGCGGCAUCGACGUGCUCAUGGACGAAAUCGAACUCAUCUGCGCCACCACGCAAUCCCCCACCGACUUCAACCCCGGCGCCACGAGCAGCAGCAGCAGCAACGGCGCCGCGCCCGCCAUGGUCGACAUCGGCGUCAGCAGAACGGCCACCGAAGUCGUCGAGAUGGUCAACAGCCACACGAGCAUGCUAGUCGGCAGCACAGACAAGCACAUGCUCGACGUCUUCACGCAGGAGGUCGGGCUGCGCCUGUUCGCCGUGCUGUGCAAGCACUUUAAGCGCCAGCGCAUCAGCGUCGACGGCGCCAUCAAGUUCAUCAGCGACAUCAACCACUACAGCGCCUUUGUCGCCAACCUGCGCCAGAAGCCGCUCAUGCCUUACUUCCAGGCCCUGCGCGAGAUGUCGCAGAUCUACCUUGUGCAUAUUGAUCCGCCCGCCACGCUGUUUGGGAAUACGUCCAAGGCGAAGCGGUCGUCGCUACUGUCUUCCAAGGGUACCAAGACGGCGGCGCAGGCGAAGGAGCUGGCGACGAUUAUUGCCGAUUCGGAGCGGUAUCGCGGCAUCUUCCCGUCGGAAGAGGUGUAUGAGUUUGCGGAGAGGAGGGCGGAUUGGUAUUUGGUUAAGGCGUACGUGGAGAGUGCGCUGUAUGGAGUGGGAUGCUCCGUUAUGUGACGGACAUGGGGAUUGGAUGGACUAUGAGGUUUGGAAAGAUAGAUGAUGCUACGAGAGACGAUUGUGCAGCGUUGACAGCUUUGAGGGAUGAAAAGCAAGCGAUCGUCAUGGUCUGCUGAAUGCAAAGGGUAU